AUGGCUUUUCCCCGCGUGCGGCUGGUUGUCACCGCUGAUGACUUUGGUUAUUGCCCGCGGCGGGAUGAGGGCAUCGUGGAGGCCUUCCUGGCAGGAACUGUGACCAGCGUGUCACUGCUGGUCAACGGCACAGCCGCAGAGAGCGCGGCCGAGCUGGCCCGCAGGCACAGCAUUCCCACGGGUCUCCACGCCAACCUGUCUGAGGGCCGUCCGGUGGGCCCGGCCCGCCACAACGCCUCGUCGCUCCUCAGUCCGGAAGGCUUCUUUCUUGGCAAGAUGGGAUUUCGAGAGGCCUUAGCGGCUGGAGACGUUGCUUUGCCCCAGGUGCGGGAGGAGCUAGAAGCUCAACUCAGCCGCUUCCGGGAGUUGUUGGGCAAGUCCCCCACGCACGUGGACGGUCACCAGCACGUGCACGUGCUCCCAGCAGGCGUGUGUCAGGUGUUCGCCGAGGCUUUGCAGGAGUACGGGGUCCGCUUCACACGGCUGCCGGCAGAACGUGGCGUGGGCAGCUGCGCGUGGCUCGAAGCGCCAGCGCGCGCCUUCGCCUGCACUGUGGAGCGCGAUGCCCGGGCCGCCAUCGGUCCCUUCUCUCGCCACGGCCUGCGGUGGACCGAUGCCUUUGUGGGCCUGAGCACUUGUGGCCGGCAUAUGUCUGCUCACCGAGUCUUGGGAUCACUGGCGCGAGCCCUAGAAGAUAUCCCUGCUGGCCACGCCCUGACUGCCGAGCUGAUGGCACACCCCGGAUACCCCAGUGUGCCUCCAGCAGGGGGCUGCGAGACUGCUCCUUGGAGUGUGACCGACAGUGGAGUGCUCAGAAGGCUUUGCUGAGUUCUGCUAUGCUGGGAUACUGGCCAGCUUACAAAUGGAAAAUCAGUGUGAUCUAGGCCACACUGGAGGAAAAGGAAGGUACUCUGGAAGCUUCCUUCCUUGGACCUUGGGCAUAGCACUGGGUAUGUGGUCUGUACUGUCUGGUUUCCCAGGACUGCUAUCAUCCAGGAAAUGCUAUUUACCAGGCAUAUUGUGAGCUGGGCACCAUGCUGCGCAGUCAGUCUCUCCUCAGCUUCACUAUCUGGGAAUAGUGCUGUUUUUCACAGUGGACAUGGGCAGGGCAGGAAAAGUCCCUUGACUAGACUGCACAGCAUGUGUGGGGACACCUCGUAGGGCUAAAGAAUGACAUAUCAAAUAAAAGCUGAGCGCCUUAUAAGCUGCUUAUUCAGCAAUGAGGAAACCAUGAGCCUUGGGGAGUAAAAGGUAAGGAUACAGGGAGUAUGGGACUUAUGAACUACAUACUUUAAGGGAAACGAUGAGGAGGGAUAGUGAAGUGGGCUAAGGAAGGAACAUGAUUGGGAGUUCAAAGCCAGCAGUGCCCCAGGAAUGUCUGGAAGGAAAGGAAAAAUAAUGUGCCAGGAAGAUAUUCCUACAAGAUCUGCAGACAACUCCAUGUCAUAGGCCUGGUUAGUGCUGUGGCCAACUGAGGUUACUGCUGUAGCUAUCUGGGAAUCCCAGUGAGUCUUCAGAUAGGACUGGUUCAAGGAAAUGGCCUAAGAUAGUCUUGAGUUCUGAGACUUUGAUCAAACCUCUCUCCUUGACUUGUUCUUCUCAACUUUGCUAAAUGAAGUUCAUAUUUCUUGGGGCUACAAGGAUAGAAGUGACAUGUGUCAGUCUCCUUGAUAUCCAUGGGGUCUCUGACAUUUUUUUCCCAGUGUUGACUCCCCCAUCUACUUCUACCUGGCAGAGAGAACUACCUGCAUGCCUCUUAGGAGGCUGAGAAGUGGAGGAAACAUUAGAGGCUCAGUCACUACUCUGUAGUCUCCAAAAAGGCCCCCCAGCAAUGUCCAUCCCCAAAGAAACCCAUACACCCAAUCUAGUGUCUGAGAACAUCUUUAUUAAGGACAGAGUAGGGUCACAGCAUCUUAGAAAGCCUUCUCUGCCACUGUGGAAAGAGCAGGGUGAGACCAGGGCACUUCAAGGAACCAGGGGGGUGUGAAUUCCUUAGCCAACUUGGGUCAGGGGUGGGUGGCUGGCUGUUCCACAGGUCUCCCUGCCAGCUUGGUCAAAGCCUGCUCCAGGGCAGGGUUGGAAAGGACAAGGCAUGCAAGCCCAGAGGGACACCACUGACUCCAAGCCAGGCCUCUGCUUCCAGGGCAGGCCAUGGUUGUCAACAGUGGGGCUGAGAGUCCCUGAGAGGGGCUGCUGGCAUAAGAGUACUCCCAUAUGAGCAGAGAACAGUGAGGGUAACAGGCAGGUAGAGCUAAGCAAUGAGAUAGCUGGACUAUCUUUAGAUUCAGAAAAGCAACAUCAACAAAAUGGUGGUUGGUUUGGACAAUUCUGACAGAGUUUGGCAUUUUAUUACAAAUCUGAAUGUGAGUGAAAUAAAAUCCAUUGUCACUUUUCUGCCAAUGAAGAGACAGACAUAGAAACACAGGCCCAGGGCUCUGACCAUCCUGGGCAUAUGGAAAUCUCCAGAAACCUGCCCCAUGCAUACCUAGAACUAAAGCAUAGUUCAUUUAUGCACCACAGGAGCCAAACACUUGGAAAACUAAAGUUACACUGCCUGAGAGGACAUGUCUCACUUCUUUAUAGGCAAAACUCAGAGCUGUUUUCCAAGUCUGUGAGCCUAGGUAGCCCCAAAGUUAUAGAACUAAGGUCAAAGCAGAAAGCAAGGUUUCUUGAGGCAAUCGUCUCCACAGGAUCUCAAACCCUAGUAGCAGAAGUGAGGUGGUGAGCAUAGGCACGGACAGGCCAUCAGCUUCCUCAGGGUGUCACUACUGCUUCAAGGACAGUCCCACUUCCCUUGAAAAGACAUUAACAUUCAAAUCUUGACAGUUCAUUUGAUGAUAAAUUCUAAGCUCAAAUUUUAUUUCUACAAAAAAAGGCAAUCAAAACAAUAUAAAACACAUUGAAAGGAUAUUAUUGAGCUUCAAGUGGAGCUUGACUGGAAAGGCUUUGGGUCCAGAGGGGAGGGGGAAAAGCCAUCCUGUUCCUGGGCUGCCCCAGGAGCUGCUCUGAGGAAGAGGCAGAAGCCACCAACCCUGGCUGAUCCCACCAAGAGUAAACCCCAAGGAGGGAAGGCCGUGGUGCCUGCUGUGCUGAGGAGUGGGAACACCUUAGCACAUCCUAUCAGAGCUUGGUAGUAGAGAAGCUUGAAAUUUCAAAAGAAUAUUCUGGUUUUGCUUUGUAUGUGAUGACCAGGUCUUCUACCACAGCUGUAGGAAGGACUGCUGACUGUCAGCCUUUCUGGAGAGAAAUUCAUCACACAAGUGCACUGUAUUCUCCAAUGGCAGACCUCCCUUCAAGGUCACCACAAACCUGAUAUAACAGGGUUCCCCACAAAGACCCAGCACAGUCUGACCACUGAUGUGGACCAUGGGGUCUGUCUGUUGAGUCUAUUACUACUGUGGAAACCCUUUGCUAAGAUUUUAUGUAAAAAAACAAACAAACAAACAAAAACCAACGGCUUCCCUUUGCACGGAUGUCCCGUGGGGCAGGGCACUGAUACUGUUCUAUAGUUUUUAAAGAUGUCAAUAAGCUGGUAUGGGGACUUGAGCUAUUCAUUAUCCACGGGCAGUGUGGCACAGGACAAAGUUGCCAAUGCUGCCGCCGCCCCUGUGGGGAGCUGGGGCCUUGGUCUGUGGAAGUGGAAAUCGAAAAGGGAGAAGCGGGGAAGGGAGAGGAAACCACAACCUUUAUCUUUAAACCUGGGCUAACUGCAACUUUGAGUAAAUCUGGGCAAGAAAAGAAAUGCCAUUCUUUUGAAGUAGACUAAAGCAGUGAUUUUUAAAACAAAGCAAGCAGAACUAGAACAUCUGAAUUUUUUAAUCCUUCUUUACAGGUUACCUAGACCACUUUUGAUUAAGAAAACUGUAGAAAGUUAGUAACUGCCACAAGCGGACGCCAGUUGGUGGCACGUGUCAAUUUCCACAGAGUCCUGCUUUGCGGGGUGUCUGAAUGCACUGCUCGGGGUCUCUGCUCAAACUUGCUGGAAUCACUCGUGGCAGAUUUUAGUCCACAGGUCGCUUUUCCCCAUAUUUCUUUGUAAACUCUUCAGCAUUCUUACAGAAUUUUUUACGGUCCUUAGAGUAUUCUUCAGCUAGGUCAGCCCGGAGUGGGUGCUCAGGCUGAGGGUCGUUCACCAGUGCUAUGAGGGACUGGAUUACUGCGAAGAGAAAGAUAAGGCAUCGGGGGUUAAAACGGACUCAAACAGCACAGGCAGGCAAGAUGCUGCUAAUCUUAGGAGAGAAACUGCAACCUCUACACUGACCCGAACCCAGUUUGCUCCCCUUUUCUCACUUGUAGUCAGGAAGCCAGCUCUGUACCAAGUGAGCUGUCUCAUGCCCACAAAUGUGAUUUAAAGACAAAGUGGCCUUUGUUUAUUCAAAAUUCUGACCACCAGAAACCAAGCCAUCUCUGCUGUAGUCAGGAGAGACAGACGACAACUAACAAACAGUGGAUCCCCAGGCUCAGAAAAGCCUGGGCCUGAACCUGGGUGGGAUGUGUAUUCUACUGGUAGAUUGUCCUAUGCUGCUUUGACUUACUGAGAAGCUGGCUCUGGAAGAGGGGUUGCCUGUCCCUUCAAUUUCAGAACCAUGAAUGAUUCCAUCAGUGUCCUCCAAGGUCCCUUAUCUGAGGAUGUGUGUACUAUGCCCUCAACUCAGUGACAGCAAGUAGAGAACAAAAAAGCCUAAGAGUAAACCAACUGCCUUGAAGACAGCUAGAAGGCAGCCAUCCCCAACAUUAAGUUUAUCUCACCAUAUAAAACUGCCUGAAGUGGGAAAGAGGUGGAAAGUUGGAAGCUCGGUCAUCAAGAGAAAGCCUAACUAGGAACUCCAGCUGAUAUGUCAACUUCCCCUGUCAGUUUCUAUCUGACAGAGUCUCACUAUAUAGCAUGGCUGGUCUGGAACUUAACUAAGUAAAUCUGGCUACCCUUGAAAUUACAAAGAUCCCCCUGCCUCUGCCCCCAAGUUCUGGGACUAAAGGUGUGUGCUAGCACACUAGCACUCUUUAUUUUUUAGUUUGGCUUGCUAUAUACUUAAUGAAUCCAUUCAUUCAAAACUGAAAUGAAGACUAGCACAGACCAUCUUCUGGACAGUACAAUGCUCUGCAGACAGUAGGCCUACUCACUUUUAUCCUUGUCUAUACAGAGGGUCACCUCCCCAGGCAGUUAGCGGUGGGAGGCUCCUACCCUGGUAUGAUACACUUUACUCAGGGCACUUCUAAUUAUGGGGGGUGGGGGGACACGCACACAAAAUUCAUAAGGUGUAAGUAGAUGUGCUGACAUCACCACUGACAUUACAUGACUUAAAAACUUACAACGAGGGCUGGAGAGAUGGCUCAGUGGUUAAGAGCACUGACUGCUCUUCCAGAGGUCCUGAGUUCAAUUCCCAGCAACCACAUGGUGGCUCAUAACCAUCUGUAGUGGGAUCUGAUGCCCUCUUCUGGUGUGUCUGAAGACAGCCACAGUGUACUUAUAGAUAAUAAAUCUUUAAGGAAAAAAAAAUCCCCUAAGACAAUAGUCCAUGGUUCAAGGCCAACUUGGGCUAAAGAUUCUGUAUACAGAAUCAUAUUACUAUGUGUUUUUAUGAGAGUAAUUAUUUCAUUUAGCAUCCUAUUUUUCAAGUGUGCAUAUCUUCUACCAUGAAUCCAUACUUCAUUAUUUUUUAUGGCAUUUUGGUCACUAUGAAAUCACCACGGUUGUCGAGGAUCAUCUAGGAAGAGGGACCUUCUGCUGAGAAAAAUGCCUCUACUAGGCUGGCCUGUAGGGCCUGUAGGCAUUCUGGUCUGCAGAGCAUUCCCGGACUAAACAGCUGCCGUGGGAGGCCCAGCUCAUUGCGGGUGCUGUCACACUGGGCACACAGAUGGUGCUGCUGGGGGGUGUAAGAAAGGCAGCACACUGAGCAAGCCACAAGGAGCCAGCCAUUAUUCCCUGUCUCUACUUUACUUCUUUUUACUUUUUGAGAUGGUUUCUCUAGUAUAGUCCUGGCUGUCCUCAACUCAGAGAUCCACCUGCUUCUGCCUCUAGGGUGCUGGGUUUAAAGGUGUGUGCCACCACACCUGACUUCCCUUCAGGAUGGGCUGUAGCCUGUAGCUGAAAUGAACCCUUUCCUCCUCAAGCUGCUUGUGUGUCAUGGUGUCUCUGUCACAGAGACAGAAAGGACACUAGGUACCACGUUAUGUAUAGCCAUUAAUUUGAGUUUCUUCUCCCUUGUGCCUAGUAUGGACAGAACUGCAAUGAACAUAACGCAGGAGUUUCCUGACAGAGGAGGGGUCCUUGCCUCCAAGCUUCACAACCUAAGUUUGAUCCUUGGCAUUCAUGUGGGGGAAGAAAAGAACUGACUCCCUCAAAUUGUCCUGAGACCUUCAAUGUACUCGUGUGUGGGCACACGUACACAUAGGGAUGAAAUUUUUAAAAUGUGUGAAUCCA